UCCUGCUCCGAACGCUUUAGUCACUGCUCGCAUCUCCUCGCUACUCCCGUCUGCUCCAACACAUCCACAACAACCUGUCCUGCUUCCGCCUAACCAGCGUCGACGCAUUCUGCAACGCACGCCCAUCAACGCUCUCCACCGACUCUCCCAUCACACCGCACCGCGCUGACAAGCUCUCCUUCCCGCUACUGGCACACACAUGAUGGACGGUAGAAACUGCACCGGCCGCAAGAUAUCCCUACUCAACGAUAUCAGUGCCGCCGCCGCCCUUCCGCAGCGCAAAGUCCAGCUGCCCCCGCUUCUCAGUCACGCGUACAGUCAAGACUACCAGCAUCGGCCACAGCCUCCUUCACGAGACUCCAGCUGCGAGUCGACCCCCAGCCUCGCCCCGCAAACGCCCCAGCUGUCGCGCACCAGUUCCCGCGACUCGCGCUCCUUCUCCACCCCGUCGCCGCUGACCCCUUCCUACAACUCGUUUGAAAGCGGCGCCACUCCCGACACCGCCACCCCGCGGAAGUCGCGGUCUGACCACCACUUCUACUCCCGACACCAUUCCUACAGCACCAUGGACGACUCCACCAUCCCACUCUAUCCGCCCAUCCCCGACGCCACCUCCAUGAUGCCCUCGGUCUACCCAAUGCCGCAGCAGCUGCCGCCGCAGCAACUCUCACAGACCAGCCCGCCGCAGCAUCAACGUCCAUCCAGCUCGCCGGCCUCCGAGCCCUCCCACGUCUCCACUCUUUCGGCUGCCUCCAACUCCAACAAGGCGCAACCGAAGAAGAACCAAUACCCGUGUCCCAUGGCGAAGCAAGUCGGCUGCACCGACUACUUCACCACCUCCGGCCAUGCCGCUCGGCACGCGAAGAAACACACCGGCAAGAAGGACGCCUUCUGUCCCGAGUGCAACAAGGCCUUCACGCGCAAAGACAACAUGGAGCAGCAUCGACGAACGCACCAGAAUGGGGGCCGAGCCGCGCGAGCAAGUAACACGAGCGCCACUACCGACGACGCGAAGGUGAAGAAGCCCACCAAGCCCGCAAGCAAGAAGUCGAACAUCAAGGCGGAGCCGCAGCAGUUCGAAGCCGCGCUCGAGCAACUCGCGGCGGAACAAGCCAUCGCCGCCACCAUCUCGCCGACCAUGCACAUCCCCACCCAAGUCACUGCCGCACACCAACAAGCGCAAGUCGUGCAACAACUCGCAAUGGAGCAGGCAAUGAUGAUACCGCCCGCCGGGCCCUACUUCCUUGGUAGCGGUCUCGACACCGGCCCCGUUCCGAGUCUACCGAUGCUGGUCUCCGACCUGAACAUGCGCCCUUCCCUCCACCGCUCCAACAUCACCACCAGCCUCGACUACAUGCCCCCCGCGACCCCUCUGCUCGCCGACCCAGACAUGCACUACUCCUACCCCUCGCCCGGCCUGUCGAACGGGCUUAACAGUCUCGCCCUGGCGGCCUGCGAGCACCGACGUCUGUCGGAGGAGAAGGCACAGUCCCGGAGUCCGAGAAGCGAGCAGGAAACGCCAAGCGGCGAGACACCGACGGGCACGUCGCCGUGAUGACAUUUCGCACCGGAAGCCGCGGAGCCCCACAC